GCACAUAUGAGUUUACCUAUAUCUUUAUCCGAAAAGUCUUCGGACUUGUUUUCGUGUCUACCGUUCCCUUUAGAAAUUGGUCUUUUUAGUUCAUGCACUGGAAUCUUUUUCAUUCCGAUAAUCCUUCUAUCCUACAUUGUAGUGUUUGGUCUAUAUAGAAUACUUCGGAAACAAAGCGGAUACACCCUGCUGAGAGAAAAUCGCCCGCGUGCUACACCUUUGAUCAAGACAAUCUAUGGAUUCACCGGAUUUGUGCUCUUAUCUUAUCUCGCGGAUUGUGCGGUGAUUAUCGUCAGGGCCUUGGAAUCGAAAGUUUGGGCAUCAUCUACGCUCGUCUUUUACGAUGUCACCUCUUGGGCUGCUUGGUUGAUCAACAUGACUCUGAUGGUAGUGGAACGAAACAAUACUGGGAGAUGGUCAUUGGCUAAUUACCUCUUUUAUUGGAUUUCCUUAACAGGAGAAACACUGGUUUUUUUUAACUGGGUUAUAAUAGUGAAAGAUAGAAAGAAAGCAGGAUCAUAUGUCUCGAACUACGAUGUAACUUUGUUCGGCAUCUUGGCAGUCCGCUAUGUUGCAUUAUUGAUUGUCAGCAUAGCGUCAUUGAUACAAGCUUUACGAUUAAGUCUUGGUGACGACGCAGAAUCUGGACAAGGACUCCUCGAGAAUUCAUCGUCUUACGGUACAUUUCCAUCCAAUGAAAAUGGAAAUCAACCAAGAGAAACGAAUAUUCCGGAAAAAGGCGCAUUUGCCGACUUCUUUGAAAAAAUGCGACGGCUUAUUCCAUUUCUUUGGCCUAAACAUAAGCCAUGGCUUCAAUUCCUGAUAUUCAUCUGUUUCGGCCUAUUGGUUGCCGGGCGCGUUAUUAAUGUACUCGUUCCUAUGCAGAUCAAGGUCAUCACCGAUAGUCUGACCGGCGAUAAUGGAAAUCCACCAUCUUUCCCCUGGGCUGCUAUUUUGAUAUACGUUUUCUUGAAAUUCUUGCAAAGCGGUGUCGGAUUACUACAAGCGAUUCAAAACUAUUUGUGGAUUCCUAUUGGACAGUACACAACAAGAGAAAUUUCCGUUAAGAUGUUUGAUCAUUUGCAUGGGCUUUCUUUGUCAUACCAUAUCAAUCGUAAGACCGGAGAGGUUCUGCGCGUAAUGGAUCGUGGAACCAGCAGUAUCAUCUCCCUGCUCAACCAGAUAUUGUUUCAGAUUGUUCCCGUGAUUGUGGAUAUUAUAGUUGCUGUCGUUUAUUUUAUAGUCAUGUUUGGUUGGGAAUUUGGUAUCAUUGUCUUUUUUACCAUGUCUAGUUACAUCUUUGUAACCGUCGUGAUUACCGAAUGGAGAACGAAAUUUAGGCGAGAGAUGAUUGAACUGGAUAAUAACACCAGGGCGAAAGCUGUUGAUUCCCUGUUGAAUUUCGAAACCGUAAAAUAUUAUAAUGCCGAACAAUUUGAAGUGCGACGUUAUGACGAAUCAAUUAAAAAGUUCCAGGUGGCUGAAUAUAAAGUGAAUUCCUCACUCAAUUUGCUCAACCUUAGUCAGAAUCUUGUGAUCACUCUCGGUUUGCUGUCUGGUUGUUUAGUGUGUGCACGUGAAGUAACCAAAGGUGUUUUCACCGUUGGUGACUUUAUUCUCUUUGUGACUUACAUCAACCAGCUGUAUACCCCGCUUAAUUUCUUCGGAACAUAUUAUAGAAUGAUUCAACAAAAUUUCAUUGACAUGGAAAAAAUGUUGGACCUGUUCAAAGAACAGCAAAGCGUUCAAGAUAUUCCUGGAGCACCAGAGUUGAAAGUUACUGAAGGAUCCGUAAUAUUUGAAAACGUCGGGUUUUCAUAUGACCCAAGAAAUACGGCCUUGAAAAACAUAUCCUUUACAAUACCUAGAGGAAAAACUGUCGCUCUCGUUGGACCUAGUGGUGGAGGGAAAUCGACCAUUCUUCGACUACUUUUUCGAUUUUAUGAUGUUAGUUCAGGUCGCAUAUUAAUUGAUGGACAAGACAUCCGUCUUGUCAAACAAGAAAGUUUAAGAAGAAAUAUCGGUGUCGUUCCUCAAGAUACAGUCUUAUUUAAUGAUACUGUUUUAUAUAACAUUCAUUACGGAAAUGUGCAUGCAGCUGAAAAGGAUGUAUACGAAGCUGCCAAGGCCGCUCAAAUUCACGAUCGCGUGAAUUCUUUCCCAGACGGUUAUAACACACUUGUAGGAGAGCGUGGUCUGCGGUUAAGCGGUGGUGAAAAACAGAGGGUGGCGAUUGCAAGGACAAUAUUGAAGAAUCCUCCGAUCAUUCUUCUCGAUGAAGCUACGUCUGCGCUUGAUACUACGACUGAGAGACAAAUCCAACACGCUUUGUCUCACAUGACUCAAGAUCGUACAACAUUGGUUAUCGCUCAUCGAUUGAGCACAAUUGUCAACGCCGAUUUGAUUCUUUGUAUAAAAGACGGUCAGGUUGUUGAACAGGGAACACAUGACGAACUCGUUCAACAAGCCAUAAAGCGAGGCGGUGAAGGCGUCUAUUACGAAAUGUGGCAGAAACAAUUACGAGAUGAAACUGAAGGAAGGAAUGUAGGCGUAGAUGGAGAUUCCAAUGAUGAAUCUAACGGAGAUGCGAACAAGACUGGUGAAACAUCACAUCAACCGCCUAGCACACAUCACCACUGA